AUGCCCAUUUGCACCAAUUGCUCCCACCCUACACCGUACCUGUACACGGUGUACGACUCGGAGGACAACCUCCGUCUGGAACAGUGCAGUAGCUGUCAUGCCUUUGCUGACCCCUACGUCGAACACGAUGCACUAACGCUAGGGAUCGACCUGAUGCUGUUGAAGCGGGACGUGUUCAGACACCUCUUGUUCAAUCGCGGCGCAGGUGCGAGAAGGCUGAGCAACAAGAGCUCUGGCGAGGCUACUUCUUCAGAGAACCCUCAGAGCCACGAGCUGCAACGCGAGAAGGGACGCCGGCUGCAAAUCCUGAGACUGGGAUUCUUCCUAGUGGCUGUUGACGCAUCUGACUACUUCAGUCAUUCGAUGGACCCAUCUCACCCAGGCACUGUGGAGAUUGCGCAGUGGAAUCAGGAUGCUCUUGAAAGCUACUUCCGCGUCCUGACUGGCUGUCUAAUAGAGACCGUGGGCUUUCACGUCGGCGUGACUCUCGCGAGCUUUAUCGUCCUUCACGCUCUUGACUGGUUGCGCUCACAUGGUGACGCGCAAGCCCCCUCCGGCCUGCGCACGCAGUUCCGUUGCUCACACAUUCCGCUCACGAUUCUCUACUCGUCCCUAAACAAAUUCUUCCUCCUCUUCCUCCUCACGAUCUGGCGCCCCAAUUCGCAGUCUUCAUCAGCCGACUCAUUGCAGUCGCAGUACAAUGCGACCAAUUUACUCAGUCAUCCAAUGCUGCGAGGUGCGUUGGAGAUGCUCGACGACGACAAGUUGGACCGCGAGUGGAUAAUACGGAAUGUUCUCGGGGGUAUGGCAACCGGUUUUGGACUACGGGUCGUGCUGGAUUGUCAUCCUGUAUUCACCACAAUGAUCAUUCUGACAGGAUGGGCAGUUAAGACAGCCCUUGCACACCUCGUAAGUGGUUGGGUAGGGGCUAGUAUCAGUAUUCAAGCCGGAAGCGAAGGCGCGGAAGAAAUAUGGCUUGCAUAUAGCAUACCAUAG